CCACAAUGAAAUUGUUAUAACAUAGCAUAUUACAUAGAGUAAUAGGUAUUCUGAAUCAGUGUUACUACGAUAUGUUGCGAUCAAACUUAAGACUGACAAUCCCAGGAGGCCCCAGCCUCCGAGGCGGGGCGCGUUAUUUGGACGUGGAUAGACUAUCAUUCACGGGUAUAUUUUUAUUGUGCAACGUCGGAUCAGCGUUCGCACAAUGCCCAAGCGUUGCAGUGCCUGUCGUCGCCAGCGUAUUUGGGACUCUUGGAUUCGUUUUUCUCGUUGCUUUGAUUGUAUACUUGAUAAGAAGAUCGUUGAAAAAACGUAAAAAACCACAAAGCGAAGAUGAACCGAAGGAUCGAGAAAAAGAGCGCAAGAAGAAUAAAUAUCCUCCUGCUACCAGUUCUUCUGGCUUCGACAACCCGUUAGUGGUUGGACGAAAAGAACCUUUAAUAUCCUCCCAAAACAAAGAAAAUGGUCAAGCACAGAAAGUGGAGGAAGGCGAACUUCAAGAAGUUGUUACUGAACCGAAUAGGUCAGAACCACCCGCUCAAGCAUUCCAACAUGAGGGUUUUCAAGAACGCGCCGUGGACGUUGAAGGCAUUCCAGCAAAUGGUCAUAUAAAAACGGAAGAUGGAAGCAAGGACCAAGUUCAUACGAUCGUAUUGAACAAGAAAACUUCAACAAAUGGAUUCAACAUAGUCGCGGAUAAGGAUGGAAAUAUAUUUAUUCGUGAUAUCAGAAAAGAUGGUCCUGCACAGGGAAAAUUAUUGGAAGGUGAUAUCAUUGAAAGUGUUACAGUAUUUUACGAAGGAAUAUCGUAUGAAGACGCGUUAAACGUAUUGAGCUAUGCGGCACCGUAUAAAGUGGCCAUCAGUCUUGUACGAGGGAAAAAGCAUCUCAUGCCGGGAGCCGAUGAAUCAAAAUCAGAUCCAUUUGUUGAAGAACUACAGAAACAGCUCGAAAAGCGGGAGAGCAAAAAGUCACCGGAGAAGAAGGUCGAUAAGCCUACACAGGAGGCUGAAGUUAGUGUUGAAAAAGUGCCGUCAUCAAGUUCAAGUUCGUCUUCAUCAGAUGAUGAAAAAGAACCUGAACCAGAAGAGCAGGAAAUAAUUACGCCACUCAGCAUCGUCAAAGAAAAUCAAACAAACGAAAAGCCGCUAGACGACGACAAAGAGAAAGAAUCAACGUCUUCGUCUUCAUCAUCAUCGUCGUCAGAUUCGGACAAAGAAAAUGAAUCCAACCACGCGGAUGAACUACCAGUUGUUCGAAGGGUUGAAGAACCAAUAGAGCAUUACGAGCCAUUUAUUGUCAGUGAAGAACCCAAACAAACUGCUGCACCAUUGCCAGCUGUAAGGAAAUUCGAAAAAGAUGAAGAUUUAGAGAUUCCUGAAGAACAGAUCAAGUCUUCGAGUCAGUCCUCGUCAUCUUCUUCGAGUUCGGAUCAAGAUUCCGAAAACAAAGAGAAGAAAACUUCAGUGAAAAGUUUGCCUGUUCAAAUAAAGUCCGAUGACGCAACCGACAAACACACUAACAGCUUGCAACACACAAUGUCUACAGAUACCGGACUAGGCAGGCAAGAAAAUGACUCGGAAGCGAUUUUGAAAAGGUCUGAUAAUGUACCACUGGCCGAAGAAAGUAGUGAACAGUCUGCGCCAAAGAAAUUAUCAUCAUCGUCGUCGUCAUCUGGGUCCUCUGGUAAAAAAAAGAGGUUUACAAAGAAAAAACCCAAGACUGGAAGGUUACCUAAAGAAGGAAGUUCGUCUUCUUCAGAAUCAGAUUCAAAACAUUCUUCAAGUGGAUCAUCGUCAUCAUCUGCAAAGCAAACUUCUAAGGGUCGAGUUUCAAGAAGAAAAAAGUAUUUUGAAAGUCUGGCCGCUAAUAAAGAUGAGCAGGAUUCGGUACAAUCUCGAAGCAGAACACCAUCUCCUGUCGAUGAACCCCACGUGACCACCGAUAGAGACGGAAGAGUAGUUUUCAAGCAAGGUGGACACACUCGAGAGGUUGAUUUUGAUGAUCCAGAAGAUAUGAAGUUAUUACAAAAACAUAGCACGAGUCCAGAGUCUAUUAAAAAAUCAUCAACAAAGUCAUCAUCAUCCAGUACUAGCGAUGAAGAGAAGUCGACUACUGUACCAGUUAUUAAAGCCGAGAAACCCAGCUCUGACAGUUCGAAUUCAUACGUUAGCGCGGGAGAAAAUAGGCUUGAUGACCCCCAAAUAGAGCCUAAAACACAUGCUAAAAGAAGUAGUAGUAGUUCAUCCAGCAGCAGCGAUGAUAAAGAAGAAAAUAUUUAUCCCGUUUCUGUCGAUGAUGUAGAGAAAGAACACGCAGCACCAACUUUUCCAAGAAAGGAGUCAACUUCGUCAAGCAGUUCUGGAAGUUCAGACUUUAACUAUAUAGCGUCCCCAAAAAGAGGAAGCGGUGAUGAGCAACCAAAAUCUCUGGAUUCGUUUGUAAUUAUUGAUGAUGAGAAACCAGGAAAAACAAAUUCCAAUCACGACAGUGACGCCGCAAGCAAGGAAUUACUUGGUGGGUCGACGAAAUCCUCUUCAUCUUGCAGCUCUGAUUCGGAUUCACAAAAAUCUCAAAAAAUUGAGAGAGAAACAAAAUCACCAGAUUUUGUCAUGGUUGUCAAGGAACCGCCGCAAACACAUGACAAGACGUCGUCGUCAAGCAGUGAAUCUGAAAAUGAUGAAAAAAUCAAUGUAGUAAUCGAACCCGAGUCAAUGCCGACAAAACGAAAGACCUCUAGUUCCUCUAGUGACGAUAGCGAACAAAAAGAAAGUGUUGUUUCUGGUGAUUCUUCAUACGUGGUUGUCGACGAUGAUAAUCCAACAAAGAGUGAAAAGAAGGAAGAUGUAUCAAUGUCUUCAGAAAGUAGUACUUCGUCGGAAUCAGAAGAUGAAAGCAAAACAAUCACUGCAACCCCAAAUAUUCCGAUUGAAGAGACUGUGACUAUUACAUCUUAUCAAUCGCCACACAAACAAACAACAUCGAGCAGUAGUUCCGAAAGCGAAGGUGAAACGAAAAAGAUAGAAGAUCAAGUGCUAACCUCCCCAAAAUGUGAUGGCAGUUCUUCCUCAUCUUCGUCGGAAGACGAAAAAAAUGAAUCUAAACCUGGAGUAACAGAAACCUUGCACAUGAAGCCUGUCGAUGUGCACGAAUCAAUGAGUAGUAGCAGCGAAAGCAGUGAAUCUGAAAAGGAGCAAGAUACAAAAGAUGAACCCGUAGUUAAAGAUAACGCUGACAUACAAUUGGUGGCACCAAAAAAAAUUAGCCUUGAUGCAGAGUCAAUGUCAUCAGAAUCUUCAGUAUCUGAUGAUGAAGAAAGGUAUUCGAAUAAAAAAGACAGUCAACUCGAAGCAGCUGUUAAUCGAAAAUCAAGUUCGUCAUCUUCAGAGUCGGAAAAUGAUGAUAACAAAAAAGAUGAACAAAUGCCUCCAAUUCAACAGAAAGCAAUGGAAAAAGAGAGUCAUGUUAUCAAAUCUUCUUCUUCGUCAUCCAGUGAAGAUAACGACGCAGAGACAGUGGUGCCGAUUUUUGGUGAUAAGAGGGCUUUGGAGAAAAAACAUUCUUCAUCGUCUUCAAGUUCGGAAUCCGAUGAUGAUAGCAAACAACCUGUUAUAUUGCUACCCGAUAAAGAGUUGGUGAAAGCAAGAACGUCGUCAACAAGUAGCAGUGAAGACGAAAUUGUAUCUGAUAAAUCAGAGACUAAAGCAAAAGUGGGCAUGUCAUCGAGUAGCAGUAGUAGCGAAUCUGAUGACGAAACCAGAAGACAAAGAAAUGGGCCUGCAAGCAUAUCACCAAAAAACAUUGUCCAAAAAAUAUCGUCCAGCAGCAGCAGUGAGUCUGACAACGAGAAGAAAAUUAAAACUGAUCAAAAGCUUUCUUCAGAUGUCCAGCAGAAAGAUAAGGCGACUGAAUCAUCUUCGAGCAGCAGUGAAUCGGAGAACGAAAAGAAUUUGGAUUCUGAGCCCAAGAGUCAAAAAUCUACUGAAAAGGAUCAACCACUCUCUUCUAGCAGUAGUAGCGAUUCUGACAGCGAAAAAGAAAUCGAUGAUAUUACGAAGAAACCAAUAACGGGUGGCGAGUCAUCGGAAUUUCCAAAACAAAAAGAAUCGUCCAGUAGUAGUGAUAGCAGCGAAUCUGAUGGUGAAAAUAAAAAUAUUGAUGUAGAAAUUGUUCCAGACGUUAAAACUAAAGAUAAACUUUCUUCGAGCAGUAGUAGUGAAUCUGAAGACGAUGGCACCAAAGGCGAUGGUGAUAAACAAAUUAAACAGGAAACUGAUGUAAAAAUUGGUGAACUCGUUUCCGCGGGAAAGUCUUCAAGCAGCAGUAGCAGCGAAUCGGAAGACGAGAUCGACCAGACCAAAGAUAAUGGAAACUUUGCCGCAGACAAAGAGGAUAUUAACUAUUCUGAAAAAUCGGGUCAUUCUUCAUCUUCUUCCAGUUCAGGUGAAUCAGACGACGAAGUUAAAGAAGAAAUACAUAGUGAGAUUGUUCAAGCUGAAAAUAAAAGUCCACAAAAUAAAGAUAGAACUGUCUCGUCAUCUAGUAGCAACGCAGCUCAAGAUCUGCCAAAUAAAGAAUCGCUUGUUUCUUCAAGUAGCAGCGAUUCGGAGACAGAAGUAACAAUCGCUGUACCAACACAAACUUUUAGAUCAAAAGAAAGAAAGACCAGCAGUUCUAGUAGCAACUCGGAAAAUGAAUAUAAGAAACCAGACAAAUCGCUGGAGGAUUCAGUGCUGCCGGAUGUUCUUCCAACUGUGGAAGCACGCAAAACACCUCCGGAUUCCGGAUCGUCUUCUUCGUCGUCUGAUUCAGAAAACGGGGAUAAAUCUAAUGAGUCUAAAAAAGAAACUACGCAAAAAUUGGAAGUUUCACAAACAUCAGAAGCAGAACAGGGCCCCCGCGAUUCUAUGUCCUCUACCUCCUCUAGUUCUUCUUCUGAGUCAGAAGAUGAAGACAAACAUAAUGAACACCAGAAGGAACAGCUGCCAGCGGUAGAAGCCCUUCCACCAGUGGAAGCUGACCGAGAACGUCGCGAUUCAACGUCAUCUUCCUCAUCCAGUGCAUCAUCUAAAUCUGGACACGAGGAAGAAGAAAAUACGCCUGAACCUGUAGAAGAAACAGUGCAACCAGAAGAGGCUGCUCCAUCGGUAGAAGCAGAAAAACGCCGCGAUUCAACAUCAUCUUCGUCAUCAAGUUCGUCAUCGUCUGAAGACGAGGCACCCGAGACACCUAGAAUGACACCAAGUAAAAAGCGAGACGACAUUGUCCUAACAUCGGGUUGGAGAAAGGCGGUGAAAUUACUCGAUUUAAUACGAGCCAGAUUGAUAUUGGAAUCGACUGUCAAAAAGUUGGAGUUUGGGGAAGUCACCGAAGAAGAAGUACAGGAAGGUCUCAAGCAAUAUCUGGUUGGAGACGAACCUAUCGCUGGUUUGAUUAAAGUCGAUACCGGAGAAAAAAUGUCCUUACUGGAUGCCUGCAGAAAGGGAAUUAUCCGACGAGGAACAGCACUCAGCUUGCUUGAGGCACAAGCCGCUACUGGGAGUAUUAUUAACCCUGUAACGGCAAGAAAAAUGUCUGUUCAAGACGCUGUCGAGGAAGACCUUGUUGAUCGACAGUUUCAAGUUGUGUUACAAAGAGCUGAGCGCGCAGUACAUGGUUAUGUAUCACGACUUGCCCCUCAACCAUUGUCCUUAUUUGAAGCCAUGAAAAGGAAGCUUGUUGUUGAAAAUCACGGAAUAAGAUUAUUGGAAGCACAAAUUGCCACAGGAGGAAUCAUUGACCCGCUAGCCAAUCAUCGACUCCCCGUUGAAGUUGCAUUUGAGAGAGGACUUUUUGACGAAAGAUUGCAGAAAAUUCUAGAAGACCCAUCUGAUGACACGAAAGGUUUUUUCGAUCCUAACACAAAAGAAAACCUGACAUAUCUUGAUCUAAUGCAACGUUGCGUCUUGGAUAAAGAUACAAACCUACGACUCUUACCUUUGUUUGAAGGAGAUAAACAAAAAGAAUACGCAGAAAAACACAAAUCACAGGACGGCGAAGGCAGAAAGAGCAAUCGCAGCAGUCUUGGAUGAUUGGAUAUGGAAGCAAAUACUAAUCAGGUGACCACAAUCGAUCACAGAAACACACCAUAUAUGUAUGGUGAAUAUGUAUAAAAAUGGUGAUGAAAGGAUAUGAUUUUCUUAUAGUUUUUAUCAUUGAAAAUACUUUCAAGAAAAGACACUGACGGAUAUUAUAUUCUUAAGAAAUACUUAUGACAAGGUGCUAUCUAAUUAACGAUUUUAUAUUUCAAGUACGAUUAAUCAAUUUUGAUAGCAGAUCUUACCUCAAAUCUGUUUUCUAAUUUACAUUAAUUGAAAUUUCCCAUAUUGUAUGCAUUUGGUUGGUUCCGAAAUUUAAGCUGAUGAUUUACGUUCACAUCAGCUUUGUUGAACAAGAAUUAAGAAAAAACGUUAUUCGAGUAAUAAAUGCUAAAAACCAAGGCCCUUGAACCUAGCAUUAAUUUGUCGAAAGUUUCAAAAAUACGGGACCAAAAUAAGUAUACAAAAUACCGUUAAAAUUGUUUACUCAAAUACGUCUUCCACUAAUGGUUAUUUAGUUACCUUAAACGCUGUUACAUUCUAUAUAUUUUAUAUUACUUCAAAUUCAUUGUUAAAUUUGCAUUAUGCAGAAGAAAGUUUUAGUUUCCUUUCAUUGUGCCGCUUUCGAUUUUUAUACAAAAGGUGCUCGAAAAUUUGUGUUGACUUGACCCACACGUUUCAAGAUACAAAUCGCGAUACGAGAAAUGUAUUCUUAUUUUUUUUUCACAUUACACUACGCUUUUUGAAUGGGUUACUAAUUUCUGUAAUGUAGUACAUGAAACAAUUUUGUACAUUUUAUUUUUUUUUGUGCAUCCGUCCUGUACACGAUUGUAAAGUAAGCUACUGCAAUUUUGAACGAAAUCUAAAAUUUCUGUACGUUUCAACUGUAACAACAUAUAUAGCUGCUAUCAUAUGCUACCCAGACCGUGUUUACGUUACCGAAGACUAAAUAUAUAUAUAUUAUAAAUAUUAUUUCGAUAAAGAAUCGCCUCUGCACUCACUACUAUAAACCGGUUGCGACUGGCAAGUCGUUGACAAGGCAGUGGGAAUUUUCAGUGUAACCGUACAAGAUUCAUUUUAUUACUGGUUACAACAUUACUCCUUUUCAUUUUUAUUUUAUGUGGAUGACGCUCUGGUUAGUUUUUAAAAUUCACGUAUAUUGCGAUGAUGCGGAAUAAAAUAGAUGCGCAUACUUACGGAUACUGUAAAUGUAACUUACCCUGUUUGAUUUAUGCUGAACUUUCUAUGCUGCUUGCAAGUAUUUCUUUAUGAUAUUCACUAAUACACUACCCAUUUUAUAACAUACAAAUAUAUUAUAUUUCUAUUUCAAAUAAUACAAAAAUAUAACUGAACUUUACAGCAUA